CCGAAUGUGUAUAUCUUGAAAAGAGAUAGCGCGCACCGUUUGAAGAAGAUAUAUCCUCAAACCGAUCUGUCCUGCUGUGUAUAUCUUUCUACCUAUCGUCAGACUACCUUUACCAUGGCCGCACCAACCCGUCCUUCAGUAAUUCCCUUGAUCAUCAACGGCAAGGAGGAACAAACGGACUCUACCUUUGAUGUCAUCAGCCCAUACACUAACCAGGCCUGCUGGAAGACAGCUUCUGCCUCAGCCCAGGAUGCCGUUCGAGCGGUCGAGGCAGCAGAAGCAGCUUUUCCGUCCUGGUCGCAGACCAAACCUACAGCUCGACGAGACCUCCUGCUGAAGGCAGCGGAUAUCCUGGAAAGUCGCCUCGAGCAGAAUGCGGAAUACAUGCGGACUGAAAUGGGCGCGGAUGUCGGUGCAUCGCAGCAUUUUAUCGUUCCGCUCGGGAUCCGCAUGCUGAGGGACAUCGCGGGGCGCAUCACUUCCAUUUCUGGAACUGUCCCCGUCGUGGAGGAGAAGGGACAAAGUGCCAUGAUUUACAAGGAGCCCAUGGGGGUCAUUCUCGGACUUGUGCCCUGGAAUGCUCCGUAUGUGUUUGGAGUCCGCUCUGCAGCCUGCGCUCUUGCAGCUGGUAACACCACGAUCCUCAAAUCUUCGGAACUAUCCCCUUGUUCAUACUGGGCGCUGGUGCGUGCCUUCCACGAUGCAGGACUCCCAGCCGGUUGUCUCAAUCUAGUGUCGUGCCGACCCCAGGAUGCCCCGGAGGUGGUCAAUGCUAUGAUCGAGCAUUCAGCUGUGCGCAAAAUUAACUUCACAGGUAGCACUGCUGUGGGUAGGAAGAUUGCUAGAGCUUGUGGUCAGAACCUCAAGCCAUGCUUGAUGGAAUUGGGGGGCAAGAACAGUGCCGUUGUCUGCGCCGACGCCAAUAUUGAGACGGCUGUAAAGGGAGUACUUGCAGGAGCAUAUCUGAACUCCGGUCAAAUAUGCAUGGCCACGGAUCGCAUCCUUGUGCAUUCAGCUAUCGCGCCUGCAUUCAUCGACGCACUUCAAAAAGCGCUCGGCUCAAACAUUGAUGCUUCAUCUCCACCUCCAACAUUGGUCAAUGUAGCCUCCAAAACACGAGUCAGUAACCUCGUCAAGGAUGCACUGGCGGAAGGCGCCCACUUGAUCCACGGUUCCAAGGACCAGGGCUCUAAUUUGACAGACAAUGGGGUUCGGAUGGCACCGAUUCUGCUGGGUGGAGUCAAUGAAAAGAUGAGAGUCUGGCAAGAGGAAGCCUUUGCUUCAUUGGCAGCGUGUAUGGUUGUCGACAGCGAUGAAGAGGCUAUUCGAAUAGCAAAUGGCAGCGACUACGGCUUGUCGGCUGCUGUGUUCACCGAGGAUCUGCGAAAGGGUUUGGCAAUGGCUCGGAGGAUUCAGUCAGGCGCUGUCCACAUCAACAGCAUGACGAUCCACGAUGAACCGGUCCUGCCACAUGGCGGAGUCAAGAACAGCGGAUGGGGUCGAUUCAACGCCUCGCAAGGCUUGGAUGAGUUUUUAGUAACCAAGAGUGUUACCUGGAUGGACUGA